AUGAUUCCUUGUCUUUCAGAUACGAAGUUUGCUGCAAUAGGACUACAUGCUAACCCAGGAGACACUGUUCAUGAAAUGGGACACCUUCACGACGUGUAUUAUCAAAUGAUGAAUACUUGGGGGGAAGUAAACGCACUAACAAUGGGUAACUUCUAUGCUGAUUGUGAAUACGCUAAUCCAGUGGAACUGAUGUCAAAACCCAUUUAUUACGAUCGAGUUGACUAUCAUUGGUAUAUACAAUGGGAAGCCGAUACAACAACCAACAGCACUACAGAUUGUGCAUAUGACAGAAUCGUUGGAUCUGGAAUAACACUUCAAAUGGCAGUGAUACCUGGUACAUCUAAUGUAUUUAAAUUCGAUAACAAAUGGCAACUUCCAGAUGAAAAGUUGAUGAAUGUAACCGACCACUACCCAGUAGAACUACAAUUAAAUUUCUUUUAAAAGAUUUUUUGAUUUUUUGUGAAUUUUGUAUAAGGAUUUUAAAUUUCAGAAAGGAAACGGUUGAAUUUGGUGAUUAAUGUAAUAUUGAACCACUGAUAAAAACAAGAGUAUCCUGCUUUAUAUUAAAUAAAUAUCUGACGGCACAUAACUGAUCUAAAUUGUCUUAAUGAAUGACAUGGUAUAAUGAUACUUACUAUGCAACUGUGGUAUGCAAAAAGGUUGUCGCAGUCAAACUGUCUUAGACUUAUAACGGGGAUGACUUUCGAAUGAUUGUAAAUACUAUGCAUGAUGACAUUCUGUACUGUCAUUU